AUGACAUUGUUCGAUGAAAAUAUCAAGGAUUUUAUAAAAGUAUCUACAAAUGAUGCAGAAGGAAUUGAAUUCUAUCGACAAAAUUCAUGUACAAAACAUUUAGAUAUCGCAUCAUUAUAUGACAAAAUUGCAUUACUCUCGAAGGCAUUGGAUAACUAUGAUGAAGCUACUUCAUAUUAUUCUAAAGCAAUUUCCUCUUAUGAAAAAGAAUCACAUCAGAAUCCAUCGGAUAUAACACAAAUUUAUAAUAAGAUUGGAUUACUUUGUCAGAAAAUGGAAGAUUAUGAACAAGCCAUUCUUUAUUAUGAGAAGAUUUUGGAAGUAUUCAAACAAACAGAGUCUAAUAAUCCAUCGGAUUUAAUGUUAAUUUAUGACAAAAUCGGUUUACUUUAUGAGAAAAUGAAGUGUUAUAGUGAAGCAGCUUUUUAUUAUAAACAAGCCAUUGAAGCGUCCAGACUAAUGAUAUCUUGGAAUCAGGUUGAUCGAAUUUCAUCUUGGAAUAAGAUUGGUCUAUUCUACGAGAAAACAGGUGAAAGUGAGAAAGCGAUAUCAGCCUAUGAAGAAAUGAUUCAAAUCUAUGAACAAAACUCAAUUCCGAACCACUCAAGUUUAAUACUAUUGUACAAAAAAAUUGCCUUACUCUAUCAGAAAAUGAAUGAAAUUGCCAAAGCAAUUGAGCUUUACGAAAAAAUCAUUGAGAUUUAUGCAGAAAAAAAGCCUUCAAAUCAUUUGGAACUAACAUCAUCUUACAAUAAAAUUGGUCUUCUUUAUGAGAAAAUGAAAGAGAAUGAUAAAGCUCUAUCCUGUUAUAAAAAAUCAAUAUCGUCUUAUGAAAAAGCAAAAAAGUUUUUUGAACAAAGUUUGUCUCGACAUAUUCACUCAACAAUCUUAUUUCACGAUAAAGACGAUCUUUUAACUGAAAACCAAAGCGACCAUUCAAGAACACUUUCGUCUUAUGUCAAAACAUUGACACUUCAUCAACAAACACUCCCUCCAAUUUAUCCUCGUGAUCCGACAUCACUUCAUAACGAACUCGAUCGGUUCUGCGGAGAAUUAACUGAUCACCAGGAAACACUUUAUGAAAGAGCAUUGAACAAAAAACAAAAGCCUUCAAUUGAUCAAGAUUCAGAUCAUUUUCAUAGAACAAUUGUUAAGAUGGAUGUAAAUGUACACAUGUGUUCAAAAGUCGGUUCGUUAUCUGAAACUAUCAUUGAUAUCGAUCGAUGGGCACCAAACCGAGAUUAUUCCAAUCGUCGAACAAAGUCAAAACAAAAAACAAAGAGAAAAUUUUUUAAACGUCAUUUUCGUUUCUCUAAAAAUAAACAAAACUGA